ACACACCCUCUUCCUGUUCUUGCUUCCUCAUUCACCCUUUUUCUCUCUUCACCCAGAUGUGAUCAGCAGCUCCUCGGAGGAAAGCACGCACACUCACACACACACACACACACAUGCACACACACGCACUGCGCUGACGCACACACGCUGGUGAUGUGUGUCUGUCUCCUGUUUGAGCUGCAGUAAUACAGAGGAAUAACACGACUGAUGUUUCUGGUUCAGCCGUAAAAUGCAUAAAUCACACUCCUACCCUGGUCCACACUCUCCCGUGUCGUCUACCAUUUCAACGUCUCCGAUACCAGAAGAGGAGGAUGAAGACUUGAACAAAGCUUUGGGUGUUGAAAGAUUUCAGCAGAUUCUCAGUCCGACUUCACGUGAGCCUAGCGAGCACCGACACUACAGCGAGGAGGACUUCCUGAAUCAUCGCCACUCGUCACAUCACACUCAUCACCCUCUGUCCAAACACAGCGAUGCCCGGAGAAAGAGAAGUGGGAAAAAGAAAAGAGGUAAAGAGCGACACACUAGUGAUGACCUCAGCGUGCAAGAGGAAGAGGAAGAGGAAGAAAAGCACACUGACAAACCUGAGAGCGAGAAGCAGGAUGCUGUGCAGUUCUUCCUGUACGAUGACGAGGUUUUCCCUGCGGAUAGAGAAAACGCAGCUGAGAACAAACCCUCCUCUACAGCAACACACACCAACGACGCUACUGCAGACGGGGAGCGCACACACUCUGAGACUGAAACACGCAACGGCAACACAACAGUGACUGAUUCCUCAAAGCACCACAUUGUGACCAUCAACCCAAGCUCUGUGACAUUUCACCCCAGCACUUUGACCUCAUCCAGUCCAACAGGAAACAUGACAGGAAACGAGAGUACAAAAUACGAGAGGAUUCCUGCGGACGAGGCAGAGACACAAGCACUUGGCUCAGCCAACUUGGAUGACAUUAAGACUCACCGUUUCGAGGAUGUUCCUGGCGUGAGGAGACACCUGGUGAGGAAAAGCACCAAAUCCUCCGUAGUGCACAUCAAUAAAGAUCACGCCGAGCCGAGCACCCGCAGUCGCAAAGUCGACCGCACACCACACGAGGUGUUUGUAGAGCUGAAUGAGCUGAUCCUAGAUAAGAACCAGGAGCUGCAGUGGAGAGAGACGGCACGCUGGAUUAAGUUUGAGGAGGACGUGGAGGAGGAAACACACCGCUGGGGGAAACCACACAUCGCCUCACUCUCCUUUCGCAGUUUACUGGAGCUGCGCAAAACUAUAGCACAUGGCACAGUGCUGCUGGAUCUAGAUCAGAAAACAUUAGCUGGAAUUGCUCACCAAGUCGUUGAGCAGAUGAUCAUCAGCGAUCAGAUCAGAGCUGAGGACAGAGCAAACGUGUUAAGAGCACUACUGCUGAAACACAGUCACCCAUGUGAUGAGAAAGAUCACAGCUCAUUCCCCAGAAACAUCUCAACAGCCAGUCUGGGUUCAUUAAUCUCUCAUCAUCACCAUCACCACCACCAUCAUCAUCACCAUCAUCAUCACCAGACAGAGACGUCCGUCACCGAGCCGCUGAUGGGGAACACAAACACAAAACACGACAGCACACAGCACACACACCCCGAGACUGCUGAGAAAGAACCGACGACGCCUGCUGGCAUGCACAGAUCGAAAUCUAAACACGAGCUCAAACUGCUGGAGAAAAUUCCAGAAAAUGCCGAAGCCACAGUGGUACUCGUGGGCAGUGUUGAUUUCCUGGACCAGCCCACUAUGGCUUUUGUGCGCUUGGAGGAAGCCGUGUUACUGGACUCGGUUCUGGAGGUUCCAGUUCCUGUACGGUUCCUCUUUAUCUUACUGGGACCAAACAACUCCAGCAUGGACUACCACCAGAUUGGACGCUCAAUUUCCACACUGAUGUCUGAUAAGUCGUUCCACGAAGCUGCGUAUCUGGCUGACGAUCGUCAAGACCUUCUGAAUGGCAUCAACGCUUUCCUGGACUGCAGCAUUGUCCUUCCUCCGUCUGACUUUGGCGGUGAAGACCUGUUGCGCUCCAUCACUCACUUUCAGAGAGAUAUGAUCAAAAAACGAGAGGAACAGGAAAUCAACAUGAUGAACAAUGAGCAGAAGAGCAAGGAGGAGAAAGAGUCUCUGUUGGCACGCCCUGAUCGUGGGGAUGAUGACGAUCCCCUGAAGCGAUCAGGUCGACCUUUCGGAGGUUUAGUCCGAGACGUGCGACGGAGAUACCCAAAAUACAUCAGUGACUUCACAGAUGCUCUGAACCCGCAGUGCAUGGCGGCUGUUAUAUUUAUUUAUUUCGCUGCUCUUUCUCCUGCCAUCACGUUCGGAGGGCUGCUGGGUGAGAAGACAGAAGGUCUGAUCGGUGUGUCAGAGCUCAUUAUUGCUACGUGUAUACAGGGAGUGUUAUUUUGCCUGCUGGGAGCACAGCCUCUGCUAGUGGUUGGAUUCUCUGGGCCGCUGUUAGUGUUCGAAGAAGCCUUCUUUACCUUCUGUAAGAGCAAUGAUCUGGAGUACCUGGCAGGGCGGGUCUGGAUUGGGUUCUGGCUCAUCAUAAUCGUGGUGGUCAUGGUAGCGUUUGAGGGAAGCUUCCUGGUUCGGUUCGUCUCUCGUUUCACUCAGGAGAUUUUCUCGUUCCUGAUCUCGCUCAUUUUCAUCUAUGAGACCUUCUCCAAACUCAUCAAGAUUUUUAAAGAACACCCACUGAAGCGCUGCUCGGUCCUCAACGACACCAUGUUAAACAACACUGAGAGCCCACUGGGAGAGAAUUUCACAUUAGCAUCGAACAGCAGUUCUGUGACAAAGGAGAAGAUCGUCGGAGAGCCGAACACAGCCCUGCUUUCUCUGGUUCUCAUGGCAGGAACGUUCUUCAUUGCGUUUUACCUCCGAAAAUUCAAGAACAGCGCCUUCUUUCCAGGCAGGCUCCGGAGGGUGAUUGGAGAUUUCGGUGUUCCCAUCGCUAUCUUCAUCAUGGUGCUGGUGGAUUACAGUGUUCAGGACACAUUCACGCAAAAGCUGAGCGUUCCUCAUGGUUUCUCUGUAACAAGCCCUAAGAAACGGACCUGGAUUAUUAACCCCCUUGGCUAUAACAACACAUUUCCUAUAUGGAUGAUGGCAGCCAGCGUACUUCCUGCACUCCUUGUGUUUAUUCUCAUUUUUAUGGAGACACAAAUCACCACGCUGAUCGUGAGUAAAAAGGAGAGAAUGCUGGUUAAAGGUUCAGGUUUUCAUCUGGACCUUCUGCUGAUUGUGUGUCUUGGUGGAACCUGCGCUUUGUUCGGCUUACCCUGGAUGGCGGCCGCGACUGUCAGGUCCGUCACGCACGUUAACGCGCUAACUGUGAUGAGCAAUGCCGUUGCCCCUGGCGACAAGCCUCGAAUUCAAGAGGUCAAAGAGCAAAGAGUCACGGGACUGUUGGUGGCCGUGUUAGUGGGUCUCUCUAUCGUGAUUGGUGAAGUGUUGAGUCUGAUUCCUCUUGCUGUGCUCUUUGGGAUUUUCCUCUAUAUGGGUGUGAUGUCACUCAACGGCAUUCAACUCAGCGAAAGAAUGAAACUGCUGCUAAUGCCGACUAAGUACCACCCAGACGAAAUCUACGUCCGUAAGGUGCGGACGCUGCGCAUGCAUCUCUUCACUGGGGUACAGUUGGUGUGUUUGGCUAUUUUGUGGGUUGUCAUGUCAACGGCGGCGUCACUCGCUUUCCCCUUCGUCCUUAUUCUGACCGUCCCGCUAAGGAUGUUCAUCUUACCACGGAUAUUCAACGCACGUGAGAUUCAGUGUCUCGAUGGCGACGACGCCGAGCCCACGUUUGACGAGAAAGAGGGCGUGGACGAGUACACAGAGAUGCACAUGCCUGUGUGAUCCUCCCCCACGCUUUUUACACUCAUCUUCUCUCGAUCCAUCCAUCCUCCCACAGUGGGAUUUAACUCACUUCAGAAGAAAACGCUGCUGUUCAGCUUUAAUCUGAAAGAGCACAAAAGUUCAAAUGUUCUAUUCCAAUUCAGUUCCUGCUUUGUUGCCAUGACAACAAUACACUUACAUGCCGAAUCCAAAAAUUACGGUGACUCAAAGCACAACGAACGAGUCAGUGCACAAAAAAGUAUUACGAUGUAAUACAUUAAUAUUAACUAUUGAGAAAAUAAUGAAUGUAUUUUAAUAUACUGGAAUUCUAUACGAAUCUCAUGUUAUGAUGUUGAUUAAGUGUGUGUGUGUGUCUUGUGUGUUUGUGUGUGAGAGAGAGAGAGUGUGUGUUUGAAUCAGUAACUCUAUUGAAAAUGUGUGUAUACUUUAUUAUGUUAGAAUUAUUUUCACCCUUGAUGCCAAAUUAGCCGUGUUACUCCUUUGUUGCCAAUAAUAAUGAAAUUGUUAGCAGUUUGGUUUGUAAGCUAGCAGACAAAUUACAACAAGAAAUUAGCCGUAGAAAUAGUUUUGGUGCAGGACUCCAUCCUUCUGUCAAUAAUUAGUGACCAAAGCAUCCCUGGUUUAAUUAUUUUAAUAUUAACAGAAUUUAACAAACAUUAUUUUAGUUAUAUUUUAAAUAUAUAGGUAGCUGGCCUACAGUCAGUGAUCUUUUUCAUAUAUUACUGUUACACACAACAUAGUAACUUCAUUUUCCUAAUAUUUUUGUAUGGAAAAGAUCUUAAACCUGAGGGAAAAUGUGUUUAUGUGACCAUGUAAGACACUGUUAACAUUUUGUAGCUGAUACAAAAUGAAGUUUUUCUUCCAUUUACAUGGAAAAUAGUGUGUAAAUUAGCAACAUCUAUCAUAGCCUGCUAGCUUAACGUUCUCAUCUAAAUUAGUAUUAAACAAUACUGUGUAAAGGAGAGCGUCUGAAAUGGUGUUGUGAUACUAAAUUAUAGCUAGCGGAAGGGAGUUUAGAUGCGUUCAAAGUAAGAGUAUUUUGCGUCCUGAAUUAGCAGCGUUAGCAGUAAUCAAUCCUGAGGAAUAAUAAGCUAGCUAAUAUUUACUAUACAACAAUUUUAAAGCCUUGUGACUCAUAGUAUGAUUAAAUUGUUUUCAAGAGCCCCAUGACACUAUAUCAAUCUACAUUUCAAGAUCUCACACUGUUUUUGAUCAUUUAUUAGCAUAAUGCUAGUUAAAGAUGGACAGAAUUUAUCACCUCCGUUGUUUUGGGUUUAAUUUUACAUGGAGUGCUUCAAAAAAUUUGUGAAAGUGUGUAUGAAACUCAGCAAGUUACAGUGUUAUCUGUCCAGGUUGUCUAGCUAAUGUUUAAUUCUUAUAGUGAUCGUCCCUUAACUUAUUGAAUUACUUUAUUUAGUAUACUUUAUUGAAUAUUGUAUUUAUUUUAGAUAAUGAUAACUACUAAGCUAGCUAGCUUUUUAGUUAACUCUCCACAAAUCCACGAAUGACGCUAUCUAGCAUUUCAGGUCCAUGACAAGAUAACAAAUUUAUACUAAUAAUAACUAAUGUUACUUAUUAUUAUUAUUAUUAUUAUUAUUAUUAGUAGUAUUAUUAUUAUUAUUAUUAUUAUUAUUAUUGUUGUUAUUUAUGCAAGGGAAUCAUGGUUGGUGAAAAACAAGUACAAUCUUUUAUUUGUUUUUAUUUGUUUUUAUUUCUUUUAUUAACCCACACUGUGUUCGAUUUUCUCUUGUCUGUUGUAGCAAUAAGAAAUGAAAUUUGUGGUGUUUUUAUUUUAAUUCAAUAAUGAUGAAAUAUAUGUUUAUUCCUGUUUUGGUUCUGUUAUAAAUAAAUAUAAUAUUUUCACUUUUGGG